GCUGUGAGGGAGAGCCGCCGCUGCCGCCGUUGCUGCUGCUGCUGCUGCUGCUAGUGCUGCUACUGACGACCCCCCGUGGAUACAAGCCAGGAUGGUUCCCUUCGAAAAACCCUCCUUUUAAAACAGAUGAAUCCGAGCUGGGGGCAUUAGUAAGGCAGGCGAAUCUAACGUGUGGUGGCCGGCUGAGACAGAUGAGUCUGUGGUCUCUGUGAGUCCGGUACUAACGUCUGUCUUUGUUCGGCGCUGACAUCUGUCCUUCACCUCCGCUAUGGAUCAUUUAGAGAAGGAGCACAGGUCGGACGACGAGGCCGAAUAUGAAGACGAGGAGGUGGACCCCAGAAUCCAGGGCGAGCUGGAGAAACUCAACCAAUCCACUGACGACAUCAACAGAUGUGAGACGGAGCUGGAGGACGCGAGGCAGAAGUUCCGCUCGGUUCUGGUUGAGGCCACGGUGAAGCUGGACGAACUGGUGAAGAAGAUCGGCAAGGCUGUGGAGGAGUCCAAGCCUUACUGGGAGUCCCGCAGGCUGGCGAGACAGGCCCAGCUGGAGGCCCAGAAGGCCACCCAGGACUUCCAGAGAGCCACCGAGGUCCUGCGGGCGGCGAAGGAGACCAUCUCCCUGGCUGAGCAGAGGCUCCUGGAGGAGGACAAUCGGCAGUUUGACUCGGCCUGGCAGGAGAUGCUGAACCACGCCACCCAGCGGGUGAUGGAGGCGGAGCACACCAAGACGAGAAGCGAACUGGUGCACAAAGAGACGGCGGCCAAAUACACGGCAGCAAUCAGCCGCAUGAAGCAGCUGGAGAAGAAACUCAAACGCACCAUCAACAAGUCCAAGCCCUACUUUGAGAUGAAGGCGAAGUACUAUCUGCAGCUGGAGAACCUGAAGAAGAACGUGGACGAGCGGCAGGCCAAACUGUCUCAGGCCAAAGGCGAGUAUAAGACGGCGCUCAGGAACCUGGAGAUGAUCUCCGACGAGAUCCACGAGCGGCGUCGGAGCUCCGUCAUGGGCCCCCGGGGACGCGGCGUGGGCGCCGAGGGCGAUAGCGUUUCCGGGGACGACAUCUCCGGCUUUAAGAUGGAGACGGACGGAAUAUCCAUUGCGUCGGUGUGUUUCGAUGACGAGGCUUGUGGCGGCAGCAGCAUCAUGUCGGAGGAAGACUCAGAGACGCGCUCCACCUGCAGCCUGGGUUCAUCUCCCAGCAGCCCUCAGGAGCUCCUGUCGCCCUGCCCCUUCGCCAGCUCCUCCUCCACCUCCUCCUGCACGUCCUCCUCCGCCUCUCCGUCACCCACUCCCUCCUCCUCCUCCUCCUCCUCCUCUCCGUCUCCUCUGUCCAGGCCCUGCAGCCUGGACCUUCCCACCACCGUGUCGCUGUCCGACUUCGGCCUCAUCUCGCCGGUGCUCGGGCCUCGCAGCGAGUGCAGCGGAGCGUCGUCGCCAGAAUGCGACCUGGAGAGAGGCGACCGGGCAGAAGGUGCAGAGGGAGAUCUGGACAACGCUCCGGCCACCACCAACAACAACAGCGCCACCCCCAGCACCAAGAAGAGCUUCAGCCUGGAGGCACGCUUCAGCUUCCUGAACCUGCGGCGCCCGCGUGCCGACAACGCCAAAACCACAGACAACUGCUCCCCGAAGGCGCCGGCCGGGCAGACUGUGGUCCUGGUCAAAGGAGUCUGAGGACAAAAAGAGAAGCUGCCGGAAGGAUCUCGGCUCCGCCUCGACUCUUUCUGACCCGAACUCUCUGAGAAACUGUUCUGAGCUGUUUAUAAGCUACCUGCCACAACUGCACUCCUUUCCCCAAGUCCAAGAGAGACUUUGAAUGUCGUACUUGGUGUAUUUUCAGUGUCCUGUACAUGUCGGCGGCGUUGUUACUCCCAUCUCCCUCAUGAAGGACAUUACACCGCGGACUCUCGCGCCUGAGAAGAAAAGAAAAGAGCACCGUUCUGUUGGAAAUGUGUCGGUUAAGGGUGACGGAGGAAAAACGAUGUUAGAAAUCAUCCAUGUUUUGUUUUGUUUUUUUUUAUUUUUCCACUGAAAGCAAGCCUUUGACUUGGGGAUCAUCUUAAAACAUGUGUCUUAUUGGUAUAACUGUUUAUCAAAAUGGAAUUUAUUGUUGUUAAAUGGCACUUUGCAUGCUGUAAACCAUGCAGAGGGGAUGUUCUCCUUAUUUCAACAGUUAAAGGAAUUAAAGUCACGUGUGGAGAUGUUCAAUAAAUAACUGCUCUCUGAACGUCUGCUCCUGUUCUGCUUUCAGAAAAACUAAACUAUUUCAAGUACAACUCUGCUUGAUUCAGUCUGUAGCUUUUCACGCCUAGUUCUUCCCAUCAUGACGACUGUUUACAUUUAAAUUAAUUUUACAGCCAUAAAAAUUACUGAUACUUAAACACAAAAUACAAUGACAGUCACAUUGCAGAUAAACAGAUAAAUUAGAUGCAUGUGAUCAGUUAGAGUGACUUGAUGUGUUUGACUCUGGUUUAAAGUGAGGAGAUACAACUUUACUCAUUGGUUUCCUUACAAAUGAAAAGUCAGUUAAUUUAAAUAAUAAAUCCACUCUUGCUGAAUUCUGAUAUUUGGCUUCCACAGUCUCACUCGGUCUGGUUUAAAAGUACCUCAGGCUAAUGUUAGCGAACUUGAGAUGAACACUGCUGUGUAACUUACAAAGAAAUAACAUUCUUCCUUUCAUGAAUUAAAGGUUAAUGAAUAAAACAUGCUCAUGUUGAACUCAGUACACUCACAUGUUUUGUUGCUGCAGUCUUACUUGGUCUGGUGUGACCAGUAGCUUACGGUUGCUAAUGUUAGCUAACUGCAGCAGUAUCGUGUAAUAGCCACUUGUGGCCACAGUGGCCGCUGUUCAGCAAAAGUUAAAUGGUCUCGCUGUAAAGUUCUGAGUUUGUUGCACCUGUAGCCAGUGUACCAACACACACUGCAUCAAGGUGAGAAGUUAAACCACUGAAGAUCAGCAGGUUUACAGCUGCUGUUCAGUUGUUCUGCAGGUUGUAAUGAUACAGAAACUGACUUUGGUUACUUUAGUUUGAUAAUGUUCAUGUUUUUAUUAUUCUGAAUAUUUUUUCAUGGAUGUAAAGAACUUUCCCCUCCGGCUGCUGUUUAACGUGUCACCAUUACAAUUAUGCUGUACGAAAAUUAUACACUUAAUGUCAAAAGUGAUUGAUUGUUUACUUUUUUAGGUUUGUAAAUGGUUUGCUCUGAAUUAUCAUUUUGGCAAAAUCAUGAAGAACAAAGCUAAGACUGAAAAUGACUAAAUUACACUUUUGAAUAUUGCUCAUAGCUCCAUCUGACCGGACACGAAGCCAAACCUCGAUCUGGCUGCGAGGUGGAUCACAAACGGAGAACUGAGGUUAAAAACUGGACGGCCGAGGAUUUAAUGUCCUUCUCUGAUCACUCUCUUCUCAUUUAUGAGUGUUGCUUUCAUGUGGCAUCAAAUCAAGCCUUCAGACAGUGAGACAGUUUGUUGUGUCCCUCAGGGCUCCGUACCAGAGCCCCUAAACUUUCCUACCCCCCUGAUGGAUUUUAAAAAAGUUUUUGGACAUAAAAGAAAAAUGAGGAAGUUUUCUGAAUGUGGAGAGAAAGCAGAUUACUUGUUCACGGCUGACAGAGUGACUUAUAACAUCAAGCUAAAUGAACUACAGUUUUGGGUUGAAUGUUUGAGGGCUUGUUUAAGGAAUAAUCUCACUUUUUCAAAAUGUAACCACUGUUUUUGUUACCUGUUCAGGUGCCAUAUUAUGACAAAGGUAGCUGGUUGACUCAGACCCCAAUUUGCAUUAGAAUCACUAGUUAUUAAUAACUAUUGGCCUGGAUGUAUUUUAUUUAUGUUUAACAGAAUAAUAAAGUCUCAGUUUUUUUGAUGUUCCUGCAGUUUAAACAUUGGGGGCAGCAUGUUGGCAAUUCGUGCAGUCAAAUAAGAAAAAAAAAAAACCCUCAGAAUAAUAAUUUGUGCCCUAAAAUACAGAUUUAGUUCCCUCAGAUUAAAGAAUGAGACUGGCAAAGGUCUAUGUUUUUGUUUUCAUCAACAAAUACGUUCAAAGUACCAAAAGCAACAAAGUUUUUGUCCGUCUCUCAAUACUGUCUGUCUUUCAGUCUGUCCAUUGGUUCCUACUGACAUCGUAAAUCUUUAAAUAGGGGUUAAGAGUUAUUGCUUC